AUGGAAAGUCCCCCAUCUCGAAAGGAGUUCCAGAUCGGUUGGAUAUGUGCCUUACCCAUCGAAGCCGCCGCCGCAAUCCAAAUGCUCGAUGAGAAUUUUGGUAUUCUCCAAGAGCAGGAAAAGACUGACACCAACACAUACACCUUGGGUCGGAUCGGUCACCACCAUGUUGUGAUUGCCUGUCUCCCCGAUGGCCAAUAUGGAAGUACUUCUGCCACCACAGUUGCCAACAAUAUGCUACGGACAUUUAGUGACUCGCUCCGCAUCGGCUUGAUGGUGGGCAUUGGCGGAGGAGCUCCUUCAGUGAAGCACGACAUUCGCCUGGGUGAUAUUGUGGUCAGUCGUCCUGAAGGCUCUUCUGGCGGCGUUAUUCAACACGACAUGGGUAAAAUUGGCAAAAAUGGCAAAUUUCAACGUAUUGGAUCCUUGAAUAGUCCGCCCAAGUCGUUACUAAACGCGCUAGCCCAGAUGAGGGCGGCCGAACUAUAUGAUGAUCCUCAGUAUCCUAUUUACCUUCAAGAAGCCAUUGGUAAGAAUGCACGGACACGGAAAACCUUCUGUCGUCCUGACCUCAAGUCGGACCGGCUAUUCAAAAUAGAGCAUGAGCAUUCCGAAAGUGCAGCGUCCUGUGAUCAUUGUCCGGCGGAAUGGGAGGAGGAUCGUAUCACCCGCGAAGACGGCGAUCCACAAACACACUAUGGAACAAUUGCAUCUGGGAAUACUCUAAUCAAGGACGGAAAGACGAGGGAGGCGAUCCGCAAGGGUACCGGUGUAUUAUGUUUCGAAAUGGAGGCAGCAGGCUUGAUGGCGGACUUUCCCUGCUUGGUGAUACGUGGUAUUUGCGACUAUGCCGACUCGCAUAAGAAUAAACAAUGGCAAGGGUACGCUGCUCUAGCGGCAGCGGCUUUUACGAAAGAGCUGCUGGGUUAUGUCCCAAAGGGUGUUUCUCAGGAGAGCUUAGUGGCGGAUAUCUGUCCUCUACUUAAAGACAUUAAGGAGGACCAGAAAAAGGCUUUUGAUCAACGAGAAAAACACCACCAUGAAAAAAUGGAGAGAGUAUUAACGGAAGAUGAACGUAGCUGUCAUCGAGCAUUCAAGACGUCAACAUAUGAGCAAUACAAAGACAUCAACCCCAAUCGAGUUGAAGGAACUUGUGAGUGGGUUCUGAAGAGUUCAGAGUACCGGCUUUGGUGGGAGAGCAGCAGUAAUGAUCUCCUAUGGAUCUCAGCCGAUCCGGGAUGUGGUAAAUCGGUACUUGCCAAGUCACUGAUUGACGAGGUCAUUCCGGCUUCUGCGCCGACAGCGUCGCUUUGUUAUUUCUUCUUCAAGGAUAAUGAUGAACAGAAUAGCCUAGCCACUGCAUUGUGUGCUAUUCUACAUCAGCUAUUUACAUGGCAACCACAUUUGUUACAAUAUGCCUUGCCAUUCUGGGAAAAGAAUCGGGAGAAAAUCCGGCAGGAAGUGGAAGAUUUGUGGCGCAUUUUUAUGGCCGCCACGUCUGAUCCGGCAUCAGUGAACACGAUCUGUGUCUUUGACGCUCUAGAUGAGUGUCGCAGGUCAGACCAGAAACAGCUCAUUGGAAAGCUUCAACAGUAUUAUACUAAGCAUCGACUAUCUCCACCGAGAAACUGGCUCAAAUUCCUGGUAACUAGUCGACCAUAUGAUGAGAUCGAAGAAGAUUUUCAGCCUAUCAUUGAAUCGUUCCCUCAAAUUCACCUGCGAGGUGAGGAAGAAAAUGAUCAGAUCUAUAAUGAAAUCAAUCUAGUUGUAAAGAUCCAGGUGUCUAAACUUGGCAAACAGUUAAAACUGAAAGCUACGACAGAGGCACAGUUGGAGAAAGGAGCUGCAGUCAAUGCUCAAGGUGGAGAAUAUGGCAAUGCUCUCUACGCUGCUUCUUUUGGAGGACAUGUUGAGAUCGUGCAGAGAUUGCUAGACAAAGGAGCCGAAAUCAAUGCUCAAGGUGAAUAUUAUGGCAAUGCUCUCCAGGCAGCCUCAUUUGGAGGCCAUGACAAGACUAUUCAGAUACUACUCGAGAAAGGCGCAGAUGUGGAUGCACAGGGAAGUGAAUACGGCACUGCUCUUCAAGCUGCCUCUUUGAGGGGCCAUGACAAGAUUGUUCAGAUGUUACUUCAAAAAGGUGCAGACGUGAAUGCGCAAGGUGGUGAAUACGGCAAUGCCCUCCAAGCUGCUUCCUCGGGGGGCCAUACCAAGACUGUUCAGAUACUACUUGAGCAAGGUGCAGAUAUCAAUACAAAGAAUGGCAGAUAUAGUAGUGCUCUCCAAGCUGCUUCUUUCAAAGGCCAUAACGAGAUUGUUCGGAUGCUACUUGAGAAAGGCGGAGAUGUGAAUGCACAAGGUGGUAAAUAUGGAAAUGCUCUCCAGGCUGCCUCACUCGGAGGCCGUGACAAGGCUGUUCAGAUGCUACUUGAAAGAGGUGCAGAUGUGAAUGCUCAAGGUGGUAAAUAUGGCACUGCUCUCCAGGCUGCCUCAUUUGGAAGCCAUGACAAGAUUGUUCGGAUGCUACUUGAGAAGGAUGCAGAUGUGAAGGCUCAAGGCGGUGAAUAUGGAAAUGCUCUUUUAGCCGCUUCUUUAGGGGGGCAUAACAAGAUUGUUGAUAUACUACUUGAGAAAGGAGCAGAUAUGAAUGCUCAAGAUAGUGAAUAUGGUAAUGCUCUUCAGGCUGCCUCUUUAGGGGGCCAUGACAAGAUUGUUCGGAUGCUACUUGAGAGAGGUACACAUGUGGAUGCACAAGGUGGUGAAUGUGGAAAUGCUCUCCAGGCUGCUUCCUCAGAGGGCCAUACCAAGACUGUUCAGAUACUACUUGAGAGAGGUGCAGACGUGAAUGCGCAAGGUGGUGAAUACGGCAGUGCCCUCCAAGCUGCUUCCUCAGAGGGCCAUAUCAAGACUGUUCAGAUACUACUUAAGCAAGGUGCAGAUGUGAAUGCACAAGGUGGUGAAUAUGGCAAUGCCCUUCAAGCUGCUUCUUUCAAAGGCCAUGAUGAGAUUGUUCGGAUGCUACUUGAGAAAGGAGCUGAAGUCAAUGCUCAAGGUGGAUAUUAUGGCAAUGCUCUCCAGGCAGCCUCAUUUGGAGGCUAUGACAAGAUUGUUCAGAUGUUACUUCUGGAAGGUGCAGACGCGAAUGCGCAAGGUGGUGAAUACGGCAAUGCCCUCCAAGCUGCUUCCUCGGGGUGCCAUACCAAGACUAUUCAGAUACUACUUCAGAACGGUGCAGAUGUGGAUGCACAAGGUGGUGAAUACGGCAACACCCUCCAAGCUGAUUCCUCAGAGAGCUAUAAAAAGUCUGACCAGCCCUUACAGAAAAAUAGCAUGAAAGGGUCAGCAUCCAGAAAGAGAAAAUAUGAGGAUUGUGGAGAGGGAUUUCCUAUCUCGCUUCAUAACAUUCUUUCGUAG